AUGGAGACAGUUAUUAAGCCCCGUGUAGGGGAACAUGUCUAUCUAUCUAUCUAUCUAUCUAUCUAUCUAUCUAUCUAUCACAGUCUUUUCAUUAUCUCUGUUUCUGUUUUUCUCUCUGUUGAUCUAUCUAUUCAUCUAUCUAUCUAUCUAUCUAUCUAUCUAUCUAUCUAUCUAUCUCAGUCUGUUUAUUAUCUCUAUCUCUUUCUUUUUUUCUUUCUCUCUAUCUAUCUGCUAUCUAUCUAUCUUUGUCUGUUCAUUAUCUAUCUAUCUAUCACAGUCUUUUCAUUAUCUCUGUUUCUGUUUUUCUCUCUGUUGAUUGAUCUAUCUAUCUAUCUAUCUAUCUAUCUAUCUAUCUCAGUCUGUUUAUUAUCUCUGUCUCUUUCUUUUUCUCUUUCUCUCUCUCUCUCUGUCUAUCUGUUACCUAUCUAUCUUUGUUCAUUAUCUAUCUAUCUAUCUAUCAGUCUUUUCAUUAUCUCUGUUUCUGUCUUUCUCUCUGUUGAUCUAUCUAUCUAUCUAUCUAUCUAUCUAUCUAUCUAUCUAUCUAUCUAUCUAUCUAUCUAUCUAUACAUGACUCUAUGCUUUUUGCGGGGCGGAGGCGGAAGCAAUGUUCCUUCGGUCUGUAAAUUGAUACACAUCACUUUCGAUUUAGUUUGCCUAAAAUUAUAG